AUGGCGUGCUCUGACUACCGCAUCGACGUGAGUGCCGUCUCCUUUGGCCUGUGCCGCUGCGGCUUCCCGAAGCGUGCGCACAGCUUUGCCAACGCCGGCGAGGGCCGACCGCUUGAUAGGGCAAACGUGUACGACAUUGCCUCGCGGAACGCAAUCACAUCGCCCGCACCUAGCGUGCGCGCGGAGGAGGAAGAAUCGGAGGAGGGCUGGGAGGACGAGGAGGCGAGGCUGGUGGCGGCAGAGGAGGCGAGGCGGCAAGCAGAACAGGAGGCGAGGCGAGAGGCAGAGGAGCGGAGGAGGAGGGGAGCCGAGGAGCGGGCAAGGGCAGAGGCGCAGGAGAUGUUGGCGGAAGAGGAGGCUAAGAGGGCGGCGGCGGAGGCGGUGCCUGCCACGAGCUGCCGUCCCGCGUGGGCAGCAGACCAGAACCUCCGCCAGCGGCAGGGACUCCAUCAGCGGCAUCCCGACGGACGCACCGGGCGGCAGGCGAAGGCCUCCGGCAUGCUUCCACUAUCCGGCGCCACACUAUGUGGCGGCGCGCCGCCGCGAGACGGGCUACACAGGCGGCCAACCCGCGAGGGCCCGGCGCAGCCCGUGCCCACGGAGCCGCCUACUGUCGCCCGCCCAGCCGCGCGGCGGCUUUCCGUUUCCUGGCUGUCAGCGGCUGGUGGCUGCAUUGCUCACGGCGGCAACGCCGGCUCGUACGUCGACAGCUGGCACAUGGACCCGACUGUGUGCCAGUUCGAGUGCGCCGCGGAGCCUGGUUGCUUUGGCGUGCAGGAGUCGGACCACAGCCGAGGGCAUCGCUGCCGAAAGAUGCUAUCGCAGCCAACUGGCGCAAUUCCCCUCGGCGGUGCAUCCUGCUUCGUCAAGGACACCGCGGAGACGCGCCGCGUGUGGAGGGGCCGCAUCGAGAUUGUAGCGCCGCCGGCGGCAUCGCCGGCGGCAUCGCCGUCUGCGUCGGCUGGAGGGUGCGCGCUAUCGCAAAACAUGAUCCAGGGCAGCUUCGCGUCCUGCUACUUCGAGCUCAAGACGAUGGACAACAUCGACAUGACGGGCGCCGACCUUGGCCGCGCGGUCUUCUCCUUCGCGACGGUGCGCUAUCUUCUCGCCGAGGGCACCGUCUUCACAAACGCCUUCUUCGAGGGGGCAAAGGCGUCUGGAGGCCGCUUCGCGCGCGCCGACUUCACGGGAGCGCAGUGCAAGGGCGCCGACUUUAGCGACAGCGCCUUCACCGAGGCGACGCUGACCGGCGCGUUGCUCGUCGAGGCGAACUUCAAAGGCUGCGUGAUGAGCAAGGCGCGACGCGCCUUGCCGCCUGAGCGCGGCGCGGAAAUGGCACUCUCUCCGCUCUUAGAGUCGGCCUCUCCCAGUCCUGCGACGCUAAAGAACGCCGAUGCGUCCAACGGCAACUUUAGAGGCGUCGACUUCUCCGGCGGCAACAUUCGGGGCGUCAAGUUCGAGCACAGCGACCUGAGGGGCGCCAGCUUCUUCGAGGCCGACCUCACGGGCGCCUCCUUCAAGGAUGCCGAACUGCGGGGCGUCACCUGGGAUCGCGCCAAGGGCCUCGACACCGUCGACUUUGUCGGCGCGGUGGCUGCGCCCGACUUGACCAAGAUGGCCGCCAAGCAUUGCUCCGGCACUGUGCUCAACGGCGUCUGUGUGUGA